CAUAAGGUUGUGUGCGAAGGGAAUUGCAGCCUGUGUUUAGAGAUGAAACUAGCAGUUUCUUUGUUCUCUAUGUGCAUCUGUUGAGGUAGGCUGCUGCCUCUGAAAACUCCUCCUGCCCUAAAGCUGCUAGUCCCUAAGAUAUAACCAUAUACUAGCACCUGCUGACUAACAGUUAAUUUCCUGGAAUUUUGGAUCUUCACCCAACUGCCACCUGACCCAGCAACUGCCCACUUAGCUUCCUGUGGUAUUGUGGUUUCCAGUCACCUGGGGAAAUGGCGGACUGCUCAGCACUGCAGUUCGUCAGUCCUUAUGCUUUUGAAGCCAUGCAGAAAGUAGAUGUCGUGCGCUUAGCGGCCCUGAGUGAUCCAGAGCUCCGGUUGUUGCUGCCUUGCUUGGUGCGGAUGGCCUUGUGUGCCCCGGCAGAUCAGAGUCAGGGCUGGGCCCAGGACAAAAAGCUGAUCCUUCGCUUGCUUUCUGGAGUGGAAGCUGUCAACUCCAUCGUAGCCUUGCUGUCUGUGGACUUCCAUGCUUUGGAACAGGAUGCCAACAAGGAGCAACAGCUUAGGCAUAAGCUUGGAGGGGGUAGUGGCGAGAGCAUCUUGGUGUCUCAACUGCAACAUGGCCUCACCCUGGAGUUUGAACACAGCGAUUCCCCACGGCGCCUCCGUCUUGUGCUUAGUGAACUGCUGGCAAUAAUGAACAAGGUGGCCGAGCCCAACUGUGAGUUUUUUUUGAAAUCGUCGGAGCUGUUUGAGAGCCCUGUUUAUUUGGAGGAAGCAGCUGAUGUCCUCUGCAUCCUCCAAGCCGAACUCCCAUCACUCUUGCCUAUUGUGGACGUGGCUGAAGCUUUGCUGCAUGUGAAGAACGGCGCUUGGUUCCUCUGUCUCUUAGUGGCCAACGUUCCCGACAGCUUUAACGAAGUGUGCAGGGGCUUGAUCAAGAACGGCGAGCGGCAGGACGAGGAAAGCUUUGGAGGCCGCCGCAGGACAGAGGCUCUCCGCCAGCUCUGCAAGAUGAACCCUGCCCAGGCGCUGAGGGUCCGAGGCAUGGUGGUGGAAGAGUGCCACUUACCUGGACUUGGCGUCGGCUUAACUCUGGACCACACAAAAAACGAGUCUUCGGAGGACAGUGUCAGUGAUCUCGUCUGCUUUGUCAGCGGCUUGUUGCUGGGGACCAACGCCAAAGUCCGGACUUGGUUUGGGACUUUUAUCCGGAAUGGGCAGCAGAGGAAGAGGGAGACGGUCAGCUCGGUGCUCUGGCAGAUGCGUCGGCAGCUGCUUCUGGAGCUGAUGGGGAUCCUGCCCACCGUCCGCAGCAUGCAUGUGCCGGAAGAGGCAGAGGCGGACAUGGAGCCCAACGUCUCUGUGUACUCGGGGCUGAAGGAGGAGCACGUGGUCAAAGCCAGCGCCCUCCUGCGUCUCUACUGCGCUCUGAUGGGCAUCGCGGGGCUGAAGCCGACGGAUGAGGAGGCUGAGCAGCUGCUCCAGCUUAUGACCAGCCGCCCCCCGGCCACUCCAGCGGGCGUCCGCUUUGUGUCGCUCUCCUUCUGCAUGCUGUUGGCCUUCUCCACACUUGUCAGCACUCCUGAACAGGAGCAGCUGAUGGUGAUGUGGCUGAGCUGGAUGAUCAAAGAAGAAGCUUAUUUUGAAAGCACUUCUGGGGUAUCAGCAUCCUUUGGCGAGAUGCUGCUCUUGGUUGCCAUGUAUUUCCAUAGCAACCAACUCAGCGCUAUCAUCGACUUGGUCUGCUCCACCCUGGGGAUGAAGAUUGUUAUUAAGCCGAGUUCUCUGAGCCGCAUGAAGACCAUCUUCACGCAGGAGAUUUUCACGGAACAGGUGGUCACAGCUCACGCAGUCCGUGUGGCUGUCACGGGAAACCUCAGCGCAAACAUCACCGGAUUCCUGCCCAUCCACUGCAUCUACCAGCUUCUCCGGAGCCGCUCUUUCACCAAGCACAAAGUCUCCAUCAAGGACUGGAUUUAUAGGCAGCUGUGUGAAACCACCACUCCACUCCAUCCUCAGUUACUCCCACUGAUCGAUGUCUACAUCAACUCUGUCCUCACACCGGCAUCAAAAUCCAACCCGGAAGCCACAAAUCAGCCAAUCACAGAGCAGGAGAUCUUGAAUGUUUUUGAAGGACUAAUGGGGGGAGAGAACGCUCGCCUGAAUCAGCGUUACGGAAUCACAGCCCAACUUCUCGUCCUGUAUUACAUUCUGUCUUACGAAGAGGCAAUCCUAGCCAGCUCCAAGACCCUGGCUGCCAUGCAGAGGAAGCCCAAGUCUUACUCCCCGGCGUUGAUGGACCAGAUCCCGAUCAAGUAUCUCAUCCGUCAGGCUCAAGGGCUCCAGCAAGAGUUGGGAGGCUUGCAUUCGGCCCUCCUCCGCCUCCUGGCGACUAACUAUCCCCACCUUUCCAUCGUGGAUGACUGGAUUUGUGAGGAGCACAUCACGGGGACAGAUGCUUUGUUGCGCAGGAUGCUGCUGACGGACGCAGCCAAGAAACACUCCCCCAAGCAGCUCCAGGAGGCAUUUUCAGCACUGCAAGGAAAUCACACUCAAGUGCUGCAGAUUCUGGAGCAUUUGACGCUCCUCUCGGCUGGAGAGCUGAUCCCUUACGCGGAGGCACUGACAUCCAACAUGAACCAGCUGCUCUACCCGGGAAUCCCUCGGCGAAUUCUUCAGACCGUCAACAGGCUUUGGAUGGCCUUGAACACUGUCAUGCCUCGGAGGUUGUGGGUGAUGACGGUGAACGCCUUGCAGCCGUCCAACAAGGUGGUCAGACGGCAGAAAUACACUCAGAAGGACCUGAUGAUUGACCCGUUGAUUGUGUUAAGAUGUGACCAGAGAGUCCUCAGGUGCCCCCCUCUGAUGGAUAUCACUCUCCACAUGCUGAACGGCUACCUCCUUGCGUCGAAAGCCUUCCUGAGUGCCCAUCUCAAGGAAACGGCGGAUCAGGACAUCAGGCCGUCCCAAAACAACUUGAUGGGCUUGGAGGCCCCAGAAGUCACCCGGGAAGAACUGAAAAAUGCCCUGCUGGCUGCCCAGGAUAGUGCCGCGGUCCAGAUUCUUCUGGAGAUCUGCUUGCCUAUGGAAGAAGAGAAGACCCUGAGCAACAAUGGCUGCGGCCGGCUGCAGAAGGGCAUCCCAGGUGCUGCCAACUCCAGCCCUCGGAAGAAGAAACCGAAGGAGGAGGAGGAGGAGAUGGAGGUGGAGGGAGAUGGGGAGAAGGAAGAGAAGAGUCUCCUCUGCAAUCUGCGGGAGGUCCAGUGCCUCAUCUGCUGCCUCCUGCACCAGAUGUUCAUUGCCGACCCCAACAUUGCCAAGCUAGUUCACUUCCAGGGGUAUCCAUACGAGCUGCUUGGCCUCACAGUGGCAGGCAUCCCAUCCAUGCACAUCUGCUUGGACUUCAUACCUGAACUGAUUGCUCAGCCUGAACUGGAGAAACAGAUUUUUGCCAUCCAGUUACUUUCUUACUUAUGUAUCCAGUACGCUCUGCCGAAAUCCCUCAGUGUGGCCCGUUUGGCUAUCAAUGUCAUGGGGACGCUGCUAACAGUUUUAACUGAGGCAAAGCGCUACGCCUUUUUCGUCCCCACCCUGCCCUGCCUAGUCUCGUUCUGCCAAGCCUUCCCUCCCCUCUAUGAGGAUAUUAUGUCCCUGCUCAUCCAGAUUGGGCAGGUUUGUGCUUCGGACGUCGCCACAGAGACGAGGGAUUUUGACCCAAUCAUUACGCGUCUCCAGCAACUGAAGGAGAAACCUUACGAGCGAACAAGACUUCACAAAGAGCCGGCUCAUAAAACUGGAGCGGGAGACACCAGCAGCUUGGAUCCCAACGUCCAGCUAUGCCAGUGUAUCGAAAAUACUUUCAUCGAAAUAAUUAACAUGAGUGUCGGCGGAGUUUAAGGUGCGGCCGAAAUGGAAAGGGCCGUUGCCGGGUACUUGGUGGCGGAUGCUGACUUCUUUCUGGUUGGUAAAUUCCAAACUGAAGCUUUCCAGGCCAAAGUGCAGCUACGAAUUGGCUUGGAAGGAAACUGUAUAUUUUUCAUUAGCUUUGGCUUUAAUGCAAAGUUGUGGAUGCAGUAGACAAAUGCCGCUUUCAGUGAAAGCAUCUUAAGGUUUUUGCAGUGGUCUCCGUGUCAACUCCUUCCGGAAUCCAUAUUUGGUGGUUUUUUCGAAGUGAGAGGCUUGCAAAGUGUGUGUUUGUGAAACGGAGAAGUUGCUACCCAGCCAUUUUCUUCUUCAGUGUCUCAGAUGGUUCUCUUCUGCCCUGUGUCCUGAGUUAAAGCCGAACCACAGUCUGAAAUCUGUGGGACAACUUCCAUUCAAGCAGAUGCUCCAGAGUGAAAUGAACAAGGAGAGUUUGAAAGGAACUGCGAGAGAGGCAACUGUUUUGAUUGUUUAAAGUAAAAGCCUGCAUGUAGUGGUAGGCCCCACUGGGUCAAUUU